GCAGAGCUGCUGCUGCACGCCGUGACUGUGUGGGACGACUUUUAAAGGGGGAAAAAAAUGCCUUUCACUCGCUCAAAGAAGCUGGCGGCCCAGCCUCCGUCCACCAGGAUGAGUCUGAGGAGCUUCCGCAGCGUCCCGCUGGUUCCCAUGGAGACGUCGUCCUCUUCUUCUGACGACAGCUGCGACAGCUUUGGCUCAGACGGAGGCUUUGCAAAUACGAGGAGCAGCUUAAGACAGACGAGGAGGACGGCAGAGAAAGCGAAGAUGUUUGAGGCUACAUCAGAGGAGGAUACAUGCAGCGGGUUUGAGGAGAAUGUGAUCAGCCGUCAGAUCAAAGCCAUGAAAGUAGUCGCUGAACCUCCAAGACAAGGCCGCCGGUCGAACGUUCUGAAGGUUGCCAUGACGUUUCCUUCCAAAAAGAAGGACAGGAAGAGGCCUGCAUCUGCACCACUGCCUCAACCUAAAGCCCAGGACUGUGAGGAGGAGGAGGAAGUGGAUAACUUCAUGAACAAGAGAGCCCUGAACAUUAAGGAGAACAAAGCAAUGCUUGCAAAGCUCAUGGCAGAGCUGGACAAAGUGCCUGGACUCUUCCCAGGAAGACGGAUGGCAAAGUCAGCAUCAGUCACGCCCCAAAAGGCACCUCGGCGCUCUAUGGGAACCCCCAUGCGCUGUAGGAGAUCCUCAAGACAUUCGUCUCGACCCCACACAAGGUCCCGCUCGCUGGUGGACGGACCCCCGAGCCCAGUCUCAGAGGAAGAGCCCGAGGACAAGUUCAGUCUGGUUCGCAAAAGCCGCUACUUUGAGGAAUGCGAUGACCCUCAGCCACGUCGUCGCUCCUUCAACGGCACCAAGGCCAUCCCUCAUGUGGUGCGUCCUGUGGAGGACAUCACAGAAGUGGAGCUGCAGAGAAUCUGCACCAACGUGCGGGAGAAAGUCUACAACAGCUCCACUGGAUCCACUUGCCACCAGUGCCGCCAAAAGACGACUGAUACCAAAACUAACUGCCGUAACCCGGAGUGUCUCGGCGUGAGGGGUCAGUUCUGCGGUCCCUGCCUCCGUAACCGCUACGGAGAGGAGGUCCGUGACGCUCUGCUGGAUCCGGAGUGGCAGUGUCCGCCAUGCAGAGGGAUCUGCAACUGCAGCUUCUGUCGGGCCAGAGAGGGUCGCUGCGCUACAGGAGUGCUGGUUUAUCUCGCUAAGUACCACGGCUAUGACAACGUGCACUCCUACCUGAAAAGCUUGAGGAAGGAGCUGGAGGAGAGCAGCGAGUGAAAGGUGGAGGAGAAGCUGCAGAUCCUGGACCUGACUGACCACUUUUAUCUUUGAAGCAUCGCAGCACGAUGCUUAUUGUUCCUGUUUGUGAAAUUUUAAAGUUUUUGAGCGUUGACUGACAUCUGGAGGAGGCACAGUUCUCUCUGGCUUAAAGCUUGUGUUUGUUUUUUUGUUGUUGCCACGUUUUGUUUUCUCGUCUGCUUCAGGAGUUGAGACCUUACUUUAACACUGGUUGGUUGAAAACAAAAAGAAUAUCUCAACUGCGAUCUUAACGUUAAGAUGAUGGCCUCAUCCUAACAUGUACAUAAAUCUUAAGCUUGUAAAAACAAAAAUCGACUUUAUAGCUGCUUUAUGACGUUGACUUUAGACCUGUUUAGAUGAUCUGCUGUAUUUUACAUUGUUUUAAAUGUACUCCUUUCUCUGAAUUGGCCUCCAAGGGAUCCUUUUUUUUUUUCUUUUUCUAGUUGCAAAUUUUUAUGCUUGUGUUUUUACAAGUUGUUUAUCCUUUUGGUAUAAAAAAAAAAGAAGCUUUACUCGGGAUGUCCUGUAGAAAUGCCCCAGUGAUCUGCCUGCUAUGAGGGGGGGUGCAGGUGGAAAGGGCAAAGACUGAGGUCCACUGCUUCCCCCUUUGAAGCCGAGAGGAACCGUGUGAUAUACUACAGCGCCUGGUUAAAUAUCCUUCAUUAGAUAACUGUCACUAAUGGUGUGGAAACAAUUAGCACACUCUAAUGGGAAUCUCAUACCUGUAAAUCAUUUUAUCCUGUUAAAGCACAUUCUCGCUCUGCUCCAGUCUCUUUGGCUCAUUUUCUGCCUUACACUGUUAAGUAGGAAUGGUUGAAGGUGCCACUGAAGUGGCAAUAGAGUUAUGGCCUGCAUUUUCUGUUCAGAAGUGUCACACUCCGCACGAAAUGACAUGGAAUUAACCUUUGUGCCGUUCAUCUCUGAAAUGUACUUCAUUUGACCUGCGGUAGGAAAUACACUGAUUAUAUGAUACAGUUUGAAAAUAAUCAACGGUUGAGCUUUCUUCUUUACUGUAAUGGCAGGUGGAGGUUAUCUUACUGGCUGCUUGUGCUUAUCAGGCUCUGCAACCCCAACAGUAACGCCGAGCUGCUGAAGGGAAGCUCUGUUCGCGGUGAUGCUUGCUUUGCGUUAACUGUACAUUUUCAUUAAAGCGUUAAUCACUACCGAAUCA